GCACAGCGGGGAGGACGGAAUCGUGGAAGAAAAGAUCGACCGUUUCAAGGACUGUCUGGAAGACGUCCUCCUAAAGCCGUCUCCUCUCAUAGGCUUGAAUGAUUCUGUUUGUCCCCGAACUUGGGACGGCUGGAGCUGCUGGAACGACACCCUGCCUGGUCACACAGCGUUCGCACCUUGCCCUCAAUUCGUCGCUGGAUUCGUACCGUACAGCGCACAAGGUGUGCAGUUCCAACGGAACUUGGUUUGUCCAUCCCGCCACUGGCCACGUCUGGUCCAACUACACGGCCUGCGUCGACACCCACGACUUAGAGUAUGGCAACUUGGUGAACUCGCUGUACGUCGCUGGAUACUCGAUAUCGUUGGUAGCUCUCACCUUGUCUCUUGCCAUAUUCUUCUCCUUCAGAUCUCUUCGUUGCAAGCGAAUAACAAUUCAUAAAAACUUGUUCACGUCGUUCAUUGUCAGCAACUUCUGCUGGAUACUCUGGUACGUGCAAGUCGUCGCAGGAGCGCAUGUAAUCGAACUGAACCCGAUCUGGUGCCAAAUUCUGCACGUGGUGACCCAGCACUUCCUGGUCUGCAACUACCUUUGGAUGUUUUGCGAGGGCCUGUACUUGCACACGCUCUUGGUGCUUGCAUUUGUCGACGAAGACAAUGCCAUCAAGUGGUUGGUGCUGAUUGGCUGGGGUUUUCCCUUAUUGCCAAGCGUUGCCUACACUGUGGCACGUGGCUUAGACUCAGACGCAUCGAGAAUGUGCUGGUUGGAACACGAUGUGUGGUACACCUACAUACUGAUUGUGCCUGUAUGCUUUUCAAUACUGCUAAGCCUCGCAUUCCUCGUGAACAUUGUAAGGGUUCUGGUGUCAAAACUAAGAGCUGUCAAUUCUCCAGACCGCGACAGUGCGAGGAAAGCCGUGCGUGCCACACUGAUUCUCCUUCCGCUGCUGGGCCUUCACUACGUGGUGUUGCCGUUCCGCCCAGAGAGGGAUCACAUCUGCCUGACGUACGAGAUCUUCUCGGCCCUCGUCACGUCUUUACAAGGUCUUUGCGUAUCAAUGCUGUAUUGCUUCUUUAAUGAAGAGGUCCUUACAGUUCUUCGCAGAGUGCUGUCACAAACUCCUUGCGCUACAAAGGAAUGGCGCCGUAUGUCCCUCGCUAACUCUACCAUCACUUUCCUGUCAAGAAGAGCGUCCGACGGCAAAGGCCUGUCGCCAUCUCCCGCCAACAUUCAGCAGUCGUCCCUUCUGUGAAAAGAAUCAAAGGAGGCGGGACAGAUUUGUCGUGCCCAUUGCGCACGUUAUCCCGUGCUAAUCCGAGGCCUCACUGAUGUUCCCACUUGGGGUUUCAAGAGCUACGUAACAGCAGCUGUCCUGAGAGCCCGGUUCUGUGCACUUCUGCACGCUUCGGGAUGACAACGCUUGCCAACAUACGCUUGAAAGAAGCGGCGUGAACAGCCGGUUAUGCACGUUGUCUCCCAUUCAUGACGAAUGAGCAUAGUGAGAAAAAGGACGAUGACUAGAUGAAGUACUGCGUAGAUCAAGUACUUUUACGCUGCUAUAACUGUCGUGUCAUCGUUCACGCAAGAAACAUAGUGGCAAUAGCUCAGCUUUGAGUUGAAAGGUGGCAACGAGGACACGUUUCGAGAACAUAUCUGAAACGUGCAUGUAUACAUAUAAGCUGUGACAAGAGUAUAUCUCCAUGUUGUGUUUUGCAAUAAAAGUCGCAGGACUUCAGCGAUUUAUUUAGCUCGUGCAUUCGUUCGCUACGGCAGCUGAAACCCCCUCCCGCCAAUCACCGCUAAAGUUUAAAAAAAAAAGCAGGAAUGUGGUCAUUCGCCUUCAGUCUUCCCUUAUUCCGCGGCGCUAUUUCACAAUUUACUUAAUCGUAAUGCCUGCUAUGGCCUUGGGAAUGCCAGCACUGACUUGUCCGCCAAUGACCCUGGAGUGUGCGCUACACACGGACUAGCACGCGAUAUUGGCAAACGUGAAUGCUUUCUCAACGCCCAAGUGCGAGCAAAAUGUACUGUUCAAAAACUGCUCUGAUUGGUAUUUCUUUCUUGCAGGCUAGUUUUACACAGGCUACUCAAACAUAUGAGCAAGAACGUGUCAAAUGGUACACCGAUUAUCAUAUGUUGCAACAAAACACAGGAUGUAAUAAGAAUUCCACUUGACCACCCUGCAAGCAUUUAUGGAGAUCAUCAAAGAAUAAAAUGGCUUCUUUGUAA